GGUUCUAUUACAAUGCCUGGUACUUUGACUGCGACCCCAAUUAAUCAAAUAAUAGACGUUGAAGAGGGAUUUGGUUCUUCAGCAACAACUUCACCAUCGUUAGGAUCUUCAUUGCUCCCAAUAGUUUAUUAUUAUGGGUAUUCUGAUCCGGGAGAGAAUGUCAAGCUUUAUAAAGUACUAACAACAAAAUUGGCACAGUCUGUUAAGCGCCGUAUAGCUGAAGAUGAGGAUGCUAGGAUUUCGGGUAUGGUGAUAGACACUAGUGGUCUUAUAGACAAUACAGGCUACGAGAUUAUUCAACAUUGCGUGGAUAUAUUUGAUGGCAACGAUAUGGCAAGGCUAUAUAAGGAUCGUUCUAACAUCGACAUCUUGAAACUAGCUAAAUCUGGCGGGGCAAGUCUUUUUAUUAUUAUUGUUGUUGUUCAAAUGCGCAAAAUUCGAGAAUAUUUUUAUGGUCUGCCCAAAUUUGAGUUAUCACCCUGUUCAACAUUGAUCAAUUUAAACGACAUAACAAUAUAUCGAGUAGGAGUUGGAUCAUUGGCACCUUCGUCUGCUUUGCCAAUCGGGAUCGACAGGAAAGUCAGUGAGACUCAAUUAGUAAAGGUGGAGCCUGAUGAUACUAUACGUCAUUCCAUUUUAGCACUUACUGCCGCUAAUAGUCCGGAUGAACAAACAUUACUAGAAUCUAAUAUUAUUGGCUUUAUAUACGUUUCAGAAGUUGAUACGGUCAAACAAAAGAUGACUAUUCUAACACCGUGUCCCGGUCGCCUACCUAAGCAAUACCUGAUAAUGGGUUCAUAUAAAUGGAUGGAAAGUUGA